AUGGCGCAGUCCAACGACCCAGGCCACUUCUUCCAGACGGACUCGUCACUCAGCGAGACCGCGCGCCGGGCCGCAAAGUCUAAAAACAGCAAGGGAAACCCCGUCAACCUGCCCUCCAAGAUUCUCGCCGUCGCCGCAGACCCGCAUGACCACGCGUUCAUCUACGUCGCGGAGGCAGCGGGAACCGUGAAGAGGAUCAACCCUGAAGCUGAGAAGAAGGUCGUCGCUACAUACACCGGGCCCGAAGCGCCUAUUACCUCGCUCGCUGUUUCGCACAAGUCCGGUACGCUGUUUGCUGGCUGCUGGGACAAAUCGAUAUGGAGCUGGGAUGUUAAGAGCAGGAGACCCAGACACCGAUAUCGGGGGCAUGCCGACUUCGUGAAGGCCGUGAUUGUGUUUACACUACAAGGAAGAGAACUGCUGGUUUCUGGGUCGCAAGAUGCGACAAUCAUUGUCUGGGACGUUGCAACGGGCGAGAAGCUGCAUACGCUGAAGGGACAUACUCGGGGCAUACUCGCGCUUGCGCUGGAUUCGCUGGAAUACGAUCCUGCGAAGGAAGAGGCGAUUGUGUUCAGUGCAGGCAGCGAUCGUGAGAUCAGAAAAUGGAGAGUAGGCGUCGGUGCAGCGAAGGAAGUAAAAGAGGAGCCAUGCCCGAUUAUAGCGCACGAGACCAGCGUUGACGCCAUACAUUUUGACUCGGACGGCGACCUGUGGACUGCCUCUGCGGAUAAGAGCGCAAAGUGCCUUUCGCGAUUGCGGAAUUGGGAAGAGGACUCGUCCUUUGAGCAUCCUGACUACACGCGCGACGUUGCUGUCGACGAAGAAGGUGGGUGGGUCGUAACCGCUUGCCGGGACGAGGAAGUGCGUGUCUGGGAAAAGGGGAGUGGCAAAUUACAUCACGUUUUUGAAGGGCACUUCGAUGAGGUAACUGCGUUGGUGCUGUUAGAAGGGCAGAGGAUCGUUAGUGUGAGUAUCGAUGGGACGGUGAGGACAUGGAGUUUGAAAGCGCAGGAAUUGGCGAAGGCGAUUAAGGAGGCGGAAGACGAGAGGGCAGGUAUGGUAGAGGAGAAAGUCGAGGAGAAGAAAGAGGGGCUAAUGACGCUGGAGGAGGAAGAGGAGCUUGCGGCGUUGAUGGAGGAUAGCGACUGA